AUGCCAGUAAGCGAAGAACAACUAGAUGUUGCUUAUUAUGGACAAAUUACCUUCGGCACAGGCACCCCACAGAAUUUUGAUAUACAAUUUGAUACAGGAUUAGGCGAUUUAUUUGUUUUGAGUAAAGAUUGUAAUUCAGAAUCAUGCCAAAAUGAUAACCCUAAAUAUGAUUCAAGUCUUGAUACAGCUUUCAGUCCAAUCGAUGGUAAAAAUUUCUCAGUCGAAUACGCUGAUGGCACAGAUGUAAGCGGGGAUUCAGCCAAGACCACUAUUGUAUUAGCGGGUAUUUCGUUAGAGCAACAAGAGUUUGGAGUGGUUACUGAAGUUUCUGAUAAUUUUGAACAUCCAUAUGGGGAUGGCAUUUAG